CGUGUGUGUGCGUGAGUGUGUGCGUAUGUGUGUGUUCUUCUAGAUGAUUUUCUCUCGAUUUAAGAAAACUUUUCCCCUGUUCUGCUCGCUCUAAACCAGAGUUUUGGGACUUUUCCGCAUUUGUUUCGUUGUUUUUUUAAGCUGUAGAUUUGUUUUCCGCGCUUCCUCGCUGCUGGUUUUGUUUUUGGGAUGGAUCCGCUUUGAGCUUCUCGUCCUCCCGCCGCCUUCAUGGACUUCUCCUUUAAUGAUGUCUGUGGGCUUCGUGUCUGACCCUCUGGCCGCUGCCCCCCGGCCGCCCGCGUUCCUGCCUUUCUCUCCUCCGCCUUGCUCCGGAUUGCCCCCCGCCGGCUACCCCGUGUCCGGACCCCCCCAGCACGACGCGCCCUACCCGUGCGCGGCCCACUACGCGCGGCCCCUGGGCUUCUCUUACCCCGGGCAGACCAGCGCUCCUGCUCCGCCUGCCUACGUGCCCUACCAGCAGGAGAACUACAUCACCGCGCUGGGGCAACAGAGCAGAGAGCACCCGGGCCGCGAGCAGGCCGUGGGGGCUGAGCCUGGCGAGCUGCGUCUCGGAGGGAAAGGCAAGAAGCUUCGAAAGCCCCGCACUAUCUACUCGAGCGGGCAGCUGGCGGCGCUGCAGCAGCGUUUCCAGCAGACCCAGUACCUGGCCCUGCCCGAGAGAGCUGACCUGGCCGCACAGCUUGGCCUCACGCAGACACAGGUCAAAAUUUGGUUCCAAAACAAGCGCUCCAAAUACAAGAAGAUCAUGAAGCACGGCGCGAGCGGACCUGAGGGAGACCCGCACGGCCCGUGCUCGACCUCUCCGCCGUGCCCCGGGCUCGCGCCUCUAUGGGACGCUCCGGGCCGCGCGGGUGGCGCCUAUAUGCACCCUUACGCGGGGUGGUACAGUAACCCCCAGCACCCGGAGCCUUUAUAGUGAAGGACAGAGACGGACUGGAGGGAGGGCACUGACCCCCACCCCAAAU